UGAACCUUGGCUGACCGUCUGGACACAGUAUUGUCCGAGGAGCGUGCGCAGUCCGUGCAGAGCGUUCUGGCUUGGUUUUUUUUUUUUUUUUUUUGCGCUUGACCCCUCUCUUCGUUUGUCCCGCCUAGUUUUCCCACAGGGUUCACCGAGACUCUGAGGGUUCGAGGAGACUCUGAGGGUUCCUGGGUCUUCGACCUCAGGGUUUGUAACUUUAUGCAGCCUCUGUCUCACCAUGUGCAUAAGGAGGCUUUUUCAGCCUUCCUCUAUCCACUGGGCAUGGAGGACCACAGCCCCGAAACAUCCUCUGAGCAGGCAUCAGGGAAUCCCACGCUGGACAUAUUCCAGAGGCCGAAGCUACAGAGCCGUCAUUUUUGACAUGGGCGGAGUCCUCAUGCCUUCUCCAGGGACAGUGGCUGCGGGAUGGGAGGUGCAGAAUCAUGUCCCUCCUGGAACUAUAAUGAAGGCUUUGAUCAGAGGUGGCGACAGUGGGCCCUGGAUGAGGUUUAUGAAAGGAGAGAUGACAAUGGAGCGCUUCUUGGAAGAGUUCGGGAGGCUGUGCUCUGAAAUCGCAAAGACCUCUGUGCCCGUGAGCUCCUUUUUCUCUCUGCUGACUAGUGAGCACGUGGCAAAGCAGUUCCCGGUGAUGACGCAGGCUGUCUCUCAGAUCCGAGCAGAGGGCCUGCAGACUGCAGUCCUGACCAACAAUUUUCUGCUUUCCAACGGGAAAAGCUUUUUGCCCCUGGACCGGAAGCAGUUUGAUGUGGUGGUGGAGUCCUGCGUGGAAGGCGUCUGUAAGCCAGAUCCCAGGAUAUUCCAGCUGUGCCUGCAGCGACUGAACCUGCAGCCCUCACAGGCCAUUUUUCUUGAUGAUCUGGGACCAAAUGUCAAAGUGGCUGCCAGCCUGGGCAUUCGCACCAUUAAGGUUGACAAUCCUGAGACGGCAGUGAAGGAACUGGAAGAUCUUCUGGGUUUCCCAUUGCACGGGGGCGUUCCCAACACUCGACCUGUGAGGAAGACCAUGGAGAUUCCACAAGACGCCUUGGAGACCUACCUGAAGGGCUUGCUGGGGACCCGCUACACUGGCCCCAUGAAGCUCCUUCAGUUCGAUCACGGACAGUCAAACCCAACAUACUACAUCAGGCUGGCUGACCGUCAGCUGGUUCUGAGGAAGAAACCGCCAGGCACCCUCCUUCCCUCUGCCCAUGCCAUAGAAAGGGAGUUCAGGAUCAUGAAAGCCCUUGGGGAUGCAGGAGUCCCUGUCCCCACUGUUCUUGACCUUUGCAGUGACUCAAGCAUCAUCGGCACCCCCUUCUACUUGAUGGAGUACUGCCCGGGCAUCAUCUACAAAGACCCCUCCCUGCCAGGCUUGGAGCCCAGCCGGCGGGAAGCCAUAUAUACUGCCAUGAACCAAGUCCUGUGCAGAAUUCACAGUGUGGACCUGCAGGCCACGGGCCUGGACGGCUUCGGGAAGCAAGGGGACUAUAUUUCUCGACAGGUGCAAACCUGGACCAAGCAGUACCGAGCAGCGGAAACCAGCAGCAUCCCGGCCAUGGAGCGGCUUAUCCAGUGGCUGCCACUGCACCUUCCCCAGCAACAGAGGACCACGGUGGUGCACGGUGACUUCAGGCUGGACAACCUGAUGUUCCGUCCUGAAAAGGCGGAGGUGCUCGCUGUCCUGGACUGGGAGCUUUCCACCUUAGGGGACCCCUUUGCUGACGUGGCCUACAGCUGCCUGGCUCACUACCUGCCGUCCAGCUUUCCCAUGCUCAGAGGGUUCAGGGACCAGGAUGUGAGGGAGCUGGGCAUCCCCACCGUGGAGGAGUACUUCAGGAUGUACUGUCUUAACAUGGGCAUCCCACCCAUCGACAACUGGAACUUCUACAUGGCUUUCUCUUUUUUCCGAGUGGCUGCAAUCCUACAGGGAGUCUACAAGCGCUUGCUCACAGGACAGGCCAGCUCUGCAACAGCCGGGCAAAGUGGGAAGCUCACUGAGUCCAUGGCUGAGCUGGCCUGGGAUUUUGCCAUCAAAGAAGGGUUCCGGGUUUUCAAAGCGAUGCCAGCCACCACAACACUGACGAGAUCCUACCAUGCCUGGGCUGGGCCACGGCUCCCGAGGACUCCCACGGGCUCGAGGAGUCACAGCACUACAGUAGCUGCUUCCCCCUCUCAUGAGGCAAAGGGAGGCCUGAUCAUCUCUCCAGAGGGCCUGUCCCCUCGGGUCAGGAAGUUGUAUGACCAGCUGUUGCAGUUUAUGGAACAGAAGGUGUACCCCGUGGAGACAGAGCUGCAGAGACACCAGGCCUCAGCCGACAGGUGGAGCCCUUCCCCGCUGAUAGAAGACCUCAAGGAGAAAGCCCAGGCUGAAGGGCUUUGGAACCUUUUCCUACCCUUGGAGACGGAUCCUGAGAGAAAGUACGGAGCAGGGCUGACUAAUGUGGAGUACGCACAUCUGUGUGAAGUGAUGGGCAUGUCUCUGUACGCUUCUGAGAUAUUUAAUUGCUCUGCCCCGGAUACGGGGAACAUGGAAAUCCUGGUGCGCUACGGCACGGAGGAGCAGAAGGCCCGCUGGCUGGCGCCACUCCUGGAGGGCAGGAUCCGUUCCUGCUUCGCCAUGACCGAGCCCCAGGUGGCCUCCUCAGAUGCCUCCAACAUCGAGGCGUCCAUCAAAGAGGAAGAUGGCUCCUAUGUCAUAAAUGGUCACAAGUGGUGGAUCUCAGGUAUCCUGGAUCCACGCUGCAAACUCUGUGUGUUUAUGGGGAAAACAGACCCGCAGGCCCCAAGGCACCAGCAACAGUCUAUGCUCUUGGUUCCCAUGGACACGCCCGGAAUCAAAGUCAUCCGGCCUCUGUCGGUGUUUGGGUUAGAGGAUCCUCCAGGUGGCCAUGGUGAAGUACAGUUCAAAGAUGUGCGUGUGCCUAAGGAGAACAUACUUCUGGGCCCUGGCCGAGGCUUUGAGAUCGCUCAGGGCAGGCUGGGGCCCGGUCGGAUUCAUCACUGCAUGAGGUUGAUCGGGUAUUCAGAGAGGGCCCUGGAACUCAUGAAGACACGGCAUAGACCUCAUAGUCAUAGAGAUCCUCCUGCCUCUGCCUUUGGGAUUAAGGAUGUGCGUCACCACGCCCAGGCUCAUGAAGUUUGAACAAAGGAGAAAGUCACAGAACACCUUCAGUUGUGUUGAUGGUGCUCCAGGCGGGCGAGUCACAACACAAGCAGAACUAUGUCUGCUGUGCGCCUCUGGUCCUCUCCGAUGACCUCCUUAACUCUUGGGUUGGUGGAAGGUAGCGAUCUCCAUCUUCACAUUCCAGAAGGACUUCCCUUAGUCACAAGGUUGUCACACACUGCCGUGGGCAAUAAAUGUCCGUUGAGGCACCAAGACAGCCCAAGAUUCCUGGCUGUGGACCUGUAACAUUCCAGGCUCUCCAGGAUCACCAAAGCUGUAGUCAGCCAUCAGCCACCGGAGAAUGCGCUCUGUAGGUGUGGCAUCUGUAACGACCAUUGCAUUGCAACCGCCCCCAACUAGCUGGCAGGCAGGCGGUUCCCACAUCUGCUCUCUCCUGCGUGCCUGGCUCCCCUGCAGGUCAUCCACUCUGAGCCUCCCAGGACCACUCUAGGCCCAGCUCCCGAGCCUUGUCUCCCUGGUAUCCGUAGGUGAUGUCCCGCACGGCCUUCGGGAAGCCCCUUGUGGAGCACGGCACCAUCCUAGCAGACAUUGCCCGGUCUCGUGUGGACAUCGAGCAGGCACGUCUGCUGGUACUGAAAGCUGCCCACCUCAUGGAUGUGGCCGGAAACAAGGUGGGAGGCCUCCGAGAUGACAGGAGCCAUCCUGAGGGGACACUGGACUCCACCCUUCUCUCAUUGUUUGGCAAACUGCGGGAAGGCUCAGCUCUUGGACACUGAUGACUGCUAAUGUUCUGCUUGAACUCUAGAGGGUCAUCUAUUGCCAACCAGAAAAGGCCCGGGGAGAGAGGCGAACGUCCACCAAAUGGUCAGCUCUGUAGCCCCAGGUCUUCAACAAGACCCAGUGCAGGAGGCCAAUGAAGGGGGAGAGAGCUGGGAGAAGGACCUCACAGACCUGGUCCAAACAGAGCAUUAGCCUACAGAGGAGCUCAUUCCCAUAGCAACGUUCCCCAUUUCCUAUAGUGGGUGGCCUUGAUGCAUGUGGACUGCCCUGUUACCUGGCCCCCGUGCAAGGGCCCCAGACCCAGGAGAGCUGCUGCACCAGGUAGUGGAGCCAGGCAUGCUGUCCCUGGUUCUUUGAUGCCCUUGUUUUUGGCAGCUUGAGGAUGCCCAGGUCUAGCUUUGGUCCACUAUUGCCUGCAGCACUGUGUCCAGCGUCCACCCUGACGGUCAGUUUGGUUUUCUGUGGUCCUCUUAGCACCUCAUCCCGUUUUCCUUUACUCUGCCUUCUCCUGCAGGCUGCAGCUUUGGAGAUCGCCAUGAUUAAAAUGGUAGCCCCUUC